AUGAUGGAGGCAAACCAGACACAAGUGACAGCCUUUGUCCUCACAGGACUUACAGAUCGCCCAGAGCUGCAGGUGCCCCUGUUUCUGGUGUUCUUGCUGAUCUACCUCAUCACCAUGUUUGGCAACCUGGGCCUGAUUGCUCUUAUCUGGAAAGAUCCCCACCUGCACACCCCCAUGUACUUUUUCCUUGGCAGUUUAGCCUUUGUAGACGCUUGUUCUUCAUCCUCUGUAACUCCCAAGAUGCUAGUGAAUUUUUUAUCUAAGAAUCAUAUGAUUUCCCUGGUUGAGUGCAUCACCCAGUUUUAUAUUUUUGCUUCCAGUGCAAACACAGAAUGUUUCCUCCUGGUAGUGAUGGCCUAUGACCGCUAUGUAGCCAUAUGUAACCCUUUGCUUUAUCCAGUAGUGAUGUCAAAUAUAUACUGCAUUCAAUUGUUAAGUGUUUCUUAUGCUAUUGGGUUUCUUCAUCCUAUGAUGCAUGUGGGUUUGUUGUUUAGAUUAACUUUUUGCAAGUUUAAUAUCAUACGUUAUUUCUACUGUGAAAUUUUACAACUGUUUAAGAUUUCCUGUACUGACCCUGGAAUUAAUAUGCUCAUGAUUUUUGUAUUCUCAGUGUUUAUACAAUCUUUCACUUUUAUAACUAUUAUUAUCUCUUACUCCUAUGUUCUCUUUGCCAUUCUGAAAAAGAGGUCUGAAAAAGGCAGAAGCAAAGCCUUCUCCACGUGCAGCGCCCACCUGCUCUCAGUCUCUCUGUUCUAUGGCACUCUCUUCUGCAUGUACGUGCGUCCUGGGUCUGGACCAGCUGAAGAUCGGGACAAAAUGUAUUCCUUAUUUUACACGAUAAUAAUUCCCCUGCUAAAUCCUUUUAUUUACAGCCUGAGGAACAAAGAGGUUAUAGGUGCCUUGAGGAGAAUAAAAAAUAAAUAA